AUGGUGGAGGUAAAAGCCUUGGGAGACCUCCAUCACCUUUUCAAUCACCGAGUUAGCAAGAGCAGCAGCAUAAAAGAUGGGUGGCAACAAGCCCAGGGCGCCAGCGCUGGCCCGCCGCCCCUACCUGCGGGACGCGAGCCCCGAAGGAGGGGAGCGGCCCAGAGCCUGCGCCAACUCUUGCCUCCUAGGCGGGCCGCGGUCCGCGUCACCCUGGAGCCGGCGCCGGAGCCCCGGGGAACAGGACGCACCGGAGCGCGGAGGAAAUGGCCACGCAGCGCACCAGGAGUCGAGGGCCGGUGGCGAGCGAGUGGUCUGCCUCCCUCCCACCCAGCCCACAAGGCCAGGUCUCCGCGCCGUGCACUCGGGGCCCGCGGCGGGCGCCCGGGGCCUGGAUGGGGGCUGCUCCGGAGCGGCCCCGGCACAGCGCGGUCACCUGCCAGGCGGUCAUUCCCGCGUCCGCCUGAGGCCGGCCCCGCGCAGCUGCGACGCGACGCGCGACCCGCCGGGCGCGGGGGCACCGGGGGCGUUACUACCUUGAGGGCUCCGCGCCGCUUGUUAAGGCUCCUCCCGGGCACUCAGGGAUUUAUGUCUUCGGGGCACGGGCUGUCCUUCCUGGUCCCCCUCCUCUGUCCUCCCUCCCCUUCUCGACUGUUGGGCUCCUUUUCUCCACUCCCAGUUGCACAGAGUCGAGCUGCGUUAUUUAAUAAUCCUCCUGCUCCUCCUGCCUGCGCCAGCAGAGCUGCUCUGCCUGAGCCACCUCUUCCCAGUCAGUCAUGUUGUUGAGAGAGAGGCGGAUUGGCAGUCGAUCGGCGACUAUUUGUGGCCUAGAAGCAAUGGAGCCAGCUGGCCUUGGACUAAAACCUCUAAAAGCAUAAGCAAAAUAAAGUAUCCCU